GAGGAAAAAACAGGGAAACAGGGAUUGCAGAGCAAUGGGGAUAUAUUAUGGCAUGGUAGCGAGGGGGCAGGUGGUGUUGGCGGAGUUUAGCGCGACCCAAGCAAAUGCGAGUACAAUCUCGAGACAGAUAUUAGAGAAGAUGAACGAAGCAAAGAAUGAUAGCAAUUCUUCGUUUUCGCAUGAUCGUUAUAUUUUUCAUGUGAAGAGAACCGAUGGCCUCACCGUUCUUUGCAUGGCGGAUGAUGCCUCUGGAAGGAGAAUCCCUUUUGCUUUCCUUGAAGAUAUCCAUCAAAAGUUUGUUAAGACCUAUGGUCGUGCUAUUCUUUCAGCUUCAGCUUAUGCCAUGAAUGAUGACUUCUCCAGGGUCCUGAGUCAACAAAUGGAACAUUUCUCAAAUGAUCCGAACGCGGAUAGAUUAAACCGUUUGAAAGGGGAAAUGAGCCAGGUACGGAGUGUAAUGAUUGACAACAUUGAGAAAGUUUUGGAGAGAGGUGACCGCUUGGCGUUGCUGGUUGAAAAGACAAGUACGAUGCAUGGGAAUUCACUUCGGUUCAAAAGGCAAUCUCGUCGUUUCAAAAAUUCUAUGUGGUGGAGACAUUGUAAGUUCACAGCGACAUUGAUACUACUGCUUCUGUUGAUCAUCGCAUAUGUUCUGCUCACGUUUGUUUGUCAUGGAUUCUUUUUGUCGUCCUGCAUAUGAUGUAACACGGUAGCGGCUUUCAUGGUUUGUCAAUUA